CAAACUAGAGAAAUCUAGAAAUUUAUUGUUGAAUGACGUGUUCAUAUAUCUUUGGUUGUUUAUCUAGCAUUAUUAACUUCGAUCAAUUCGCAGUUAUAAUUUCAAGUAGAAGGUGAAACAUUGUAUUAAUAGUGAAGUGAAGUAAAAUAAAUUAGAAUAACAGCAUUGUGAAUCGUUGAAACAGUUGAAAAUCGAACAAGUGAUAUAUCAUUUUCAUUAUGGCGACAGAAUAUGUCCGUUUCAGUCCAAACGCAUUUCUAAAUUCGUUUAAUGCAAAACUAGAACAACCAGUGAGACAACAUCUUAAAAAUGUAUAUGCAUGUUUGGCCAUGUCCACAAUGUCUGCUGCCCUGGGUGCAGCAGUCCAUCUCUUCACCAACAUCAUGCAGGCAGGAUUUCUAUCAGCAAUAGGAGCUUUGGUAUUCUUCUUUCUUUUAAUGAACACACCUGAUGACAAUGGAAAAUCAAUGACAACCAGAGUAGGAUACCUCCUUGGGUUCACUUUUCUCACAGGAGUUGGCUUAGGACCUCUUCUAGAACAUGUUAUCUUGGUAGAGCCCAGUAUUAUCAUAACAGCUUUUGUAGCUACCUCAACAGUAUUCGUAUCCUUCUCAGCAGCAUCUAUGUUGUCUGAGAGAGGAAGGUGGUUAUAUUUGGGAGGUACAUUGAUGACUAUGUUGACUACAUUGAUGGUUCUUUCACUCGCAAAUAUCUUCUUUGGAGCCAUGUGGAUCUAUCAGACCCAGCUGUAUUUGGGAUUGUUGGCAAUGUGUGGAUUUGUGCUUUAUGAUACCCAAAUGAUUAUAGAGAAACGUAGAUUGGGAAGUAGAGAUUUUGUAGCUCAUUCAUUGGAUUUGUUUGUUGAUUUCAUUGGAAUCUUCAGAAGACUGCUAAUAAUCUUAACACAAAGGGAGCAGGAGUCACGCAAAAAACGUAGAGACUGAACAGAAUGAGGAAGAAGGUUGCAAGUGAGCGAAUGUGAUGAAGGGAUGGAUUACAUUGUGAUCAUAUAAUAUCUGUCAAUAAAUAAUCAUCACUAGAACUCCAAUAAAUGUUGUUUAUUAUGUGUGUAUAUUUUUUAUUAAUCCUUAUAUUGUAAGUGAUGUAUUUAUUUAAAUAAAGUUUGGGUUUUGUAAUA